UUUCCACUUACAUGCGUGGGCCAGAAAAAUCACCCCAUCAGAUGAUGUCACGUUAUAACAAAAAUAAGUGAACAAGGAACAUACUCAUUUGUAUACCAGUCAACCAUACGUGUUCAGAAAUACAGGGCAGAAGAUUUGUGUGCGGUUAAUUCCAGGUAAAGGCUUUUAUAGUGACGUACGCAUAUUGUUGGGGCACAUAAUACCAUACCAAGUAAAACAGGAUAAAGGAGACACACAUUUACCAAAAGAUGACAUUCAUAAUAACUAUGCUUAAAUCGUUCACUUCGCUUGUUUUUGUAUGUGUCUUUUGUCCAAACUGGACUCUUCAGAUGUGUACUCAUCCUGAUACAGAUACCUUUAGCUGUGACAAUGAAGUCCCUGUUGCUUUGCCUACAAAUGUCACACGCGUUUUUAUCAAUAUAUAUUCUGGUAAUAAAUCCUUCAAUGCCACCUUGUUUUCUCACAAGAGCUGGCGGUAUGUAACCUUUUUAGACAUAAAGGCGAAAUACAAUCAAAAGUAUGGCGAAAUUGUAGUUUCAUUUUCAAGUAUGUGUUUCAGCACACUGGACGCUUUGCAGGAACUUCGAUUUCAAGGGGACAGUAUUAAAGAAUUUAGUUUGGAUACAUUCCACAAUGUUAAACAUCUAACAGAACUCAUGUUUUAUGAGUGCUUUUAUUUGAACAUGGACAGUGUCAUUUCAGCUCUUCUAAAUGCUCAUAUUACAAUCGAAACUAUGUCUUUAAACGACGUAUCCAGUGGGUCUGAAAAACAAUGUAAUAUUAAUGACACAUUCUAUGAUCUCCUUGAAUCGGCAAAGGUUAGCAGUCUGAGCUUACGGGGAACAAGUAUUCGUCUGCAUAGACUGAAACGCUGGAAAAAGAAACCAACAUUGUUAAAAGCACUUGAUGUUUCACAAGCAAGAAUGUUAAAAUUACCAGAAAACACAAAUUUUGGUACAUUGCAUGAGAUUUAUGCUCCAUUUAUCCAAGGUAUCAAAACACUGAAUAUAUCCGCAAUUCCUUUGCAGUUCUUUUUACCAGACAAUGACUUUUUGAAUAACAAAACCGUAAGAAAUUGCGCUGAAUUAGGGCAUGAGUUUAUGAAAAUACUUUACUUACAAGUUGAAAACAUGUAUUCAGAUUUCAUAUUUCACGAUCAGGUAAUUAUAAAUAAUACCUUACUGAAUAUCUCAGACUGUAAUUUCAGUUUAAAGAAGUGGCAUUUUAGAAAAAAUAGAAUAACGUAUUUCAAUAUAACAUUUCAUCUUCCACUAACUAAUACGCUUAAAGAGGUUGAUAUCUCUAAUAACGAAAUAAAGUACAUAUCUCCAUCUGCACUUAAAACAGCAAGGGUGCUUGAAAGUUUGAAUCUGGAAAGAAACCAUCUGUUUCAAAUGGAGAAUUUACCAGAAUUUAAGGAUUUACUCGCAGCUUCUACCGCUUUGAAAUAUUUUAGUGUGGCCGACAACAACAUUUCAAAUUUACCACGAGAUUUGUUUAGAAAUAACGUUAUAUUAGAAGUAAUUGAUUUAGCAGACAAUAAUUUAAAGACAGUCACAUUUAUUUAUAAACAUCUGGAAAAGCUAAGAUUACUAAAUAUUGUCAGAAAUCGUAUAAAAUAUAUAGAAGGUAAAGCAUUAACAAACAUUCAGUUAUUUUACAAAACACGUACUUCUGCAAGCAUUGAAAUGGCUGGAAACCCAUUUGAAUGUAGUUGUGAUAGUGCUGAAUUUAUGAAAUGGAUAAUAACCUUGGUACAUCAACAACCUGAGAAAAAACAUGUAUGUAUAAUGGAAAAUGAGGAAGUAGAAAUAGAUACUGAAUCAUUUAAGCUUGCGAAAUAUUUAUGUUAUCGCACAACAGUUAUAAUAAGUGUGUCCAUUGUAAUUGUCAUUCUAGUGACAGGGAUAAUUGUUCUGAUAAGACGAAAAAGAAAGGAAAAAGAAAAGUGCAAGCGAAAACUCUUUCUGAAAGACUUUCAAAAGGGUAUCUUGAAAGAAAAAUAUUUAUGUCAAAUAUCAUAUUCAAGUGAAGAUGCGGCGUGUGUUCUGAAUGUCAUAAAUCCUACUUUGAAUGCAGCUUUAAGGAAGGAGGUACGCUGUGAACGGGAUGUCAUUUGUAUUGGGGAUAAACAUUUUUCCUUGGGACGGCCAAUUAUUGACGAAAUAUUACGGUGCGUAUCCGAUUCAUGUGUCAUUAUAUUUGUUAUUUCAAAAUCAUUCUGUGAAAGUCGUUGGUGUGAAAUGGAAUUAAGGGAAGCACAUGAAGCAAACAAACCAAUCAUUCUUAUCUUCAAAGAGGAGGUAAAAACAGAUGCCAUGCCGAGACUCCUCCUCACUGUUUUCAAUAGACUAACACGAGCAAAGCUUGUUGAGGACGAAGAGCAUUACACACUUAUCCCAGACUGGGGAAGCCUGUGUGAAUCAGUUAUUAAACUAGCGGCAGAGGAAUUCAUAGCUAAACAAGCAAGAUAGUGACUCAGUGGCUAAACUGAGUAGUAUGCAUAAUGUUCAGUCUUACAGUAUGUUAUGCAUUAUACGAUGUUGAGUGUUUGACACUUCGAGGGGUUUACGAUACAUUUACUGGCUAAUGUUUUAUGUUUGCUUAAAUGUUCUGAACGACAAUGCUAUACAUUCAUGACUUUAAUUGUUUUCAGUUAUCAAAAUAUAACAUGAGCAAGAUAACUGAAAUAUGUUAUCUUAUGUUAUUUGUUUCAGUUACUGUUUUGAAACUUCACACAAUCUGGAUGUAACUUCUUUCUUUUAUCAGUGUAGUGGGGUGGGGUGAGUAAGUGGCGUCUGUGGCCGAGCGGUGAAGGUCACUGACAUUGAAUUACUUGCCCCUCACUGAUGUGGAUUCAAGCCUCACUCGGAUCGUUACAUUCGUUACGGAGGGACAUGUGUGGUCUUCAUCUACAAUCAAAGCAGGGAAGUUGCCAUUUGAUCUAUAAUUGUGUCGGUGCAACGGUAAACCCAACAAAAACAAACUGUAAACAUUUCUUUAUUCUUAUAAUAAAUUCUGACAUUAUGCUCUGCGAAGGGAUACUAGUAGCAUGGUAUAGAUUAUAAAGCCUUAUCAUGAUGGACACAAUUGAUUCCACCUUUGCAACCCUCCGCGCAGUCUGAUCAUGAUCUGCAUUGUUCGCCAUUCUGUCAGUGUCUUUUAAGCAUCCCUUUUAACAGCUAAUGGUACUGUCCAAACUGAAAGAUGGACAAGUUCAUUACAGGAAUUUAGCAGGGUAAGGGUUAAAUAUUCUUGCAAUGACAACAGUCUUGAUUCACAUUAAGCCAGUAUCGUUAUAUAAUUAUAUAUUAAGCGUAAGUCACAUUUUUACAGCUCUUGUUACUUAAGUAUCACAUUCAUAGUUGAAUGAGUCUUACCGUAUUCGACAUUUUCUUGAAAAAAGGCAGGACCUAUGACCACAUGAUUAAAUAAAUCAACUGUUCGCACAACGAAGCCAGUUUAACGGCCUGUCGCACUACAGAUAUGCAAUAACAUUGUUAAAACCUAGAAGAAGAAUUAUUUUUAACUCUAUUUCUUUACUGUCUUUAUCAGUUUGGAUGAACAAUUUCUCAACAUGUCAACAUACUGAGCCAUGAAUAAUAAUACGUACAACAACGGAUCAUGUAUAUUUUUCUUAUCGAUAUUCAUAACCAAUAAAUUUCCACCUUUUGAACUCAAUGACUCAACUGCCUUGAUAUUUGGUCUGGUUUGUAGGGUGUUUAGCCACACAGACACUGUUUAAGAAUUUGGCAACCUUUCGACUUUGAAAAGAAGAAGAAGGCUAAAAUGUCUCACGGACAUUAUCACGGGUACGGGCAGUCACCUAGGUAGCACCAAUGACUUUUCAUAAGCUAGCUUUAAGUUGAUAUCUUUACCUCAUAAAGGACAACUACAUCGCUUGUUGAGGUUUGAAGCUAUAGACAGGAAUGUGAUUCGAUGUCAGUGACUUUUGUACAUUGGUAUAACACUACAACAUGCACUGUGAACAAAAAUAUGAUCACGAGUAUGUAUUUAAAAGAUAUAUUGUGAUAUUUACUUUAAAUGCAGAUAAUUCCUAUCAAAUAUAUUAACUUUACUAAAUGUAUAAAUUAAUUGUGUAUGUAUGUAGCUAGAUGUCAUGCAGUAACAGUUGAUUGCUUAAAAAUUUCCAGAUUUUAGUGGUAGUACACAAUUUUACUGUAUUGAUUAACAAUUAUAUACCGCUUGCACUAUUUUUAACCUAAUGCAUAGUACAUCCGCUCAGUCAUACUUGGUUAUUACGUGGAUAUAUUAGAUUUUUUUUUUGUCAGAAAUAUGAAAAAUUAUGUAAUCUAUAACUCUGAUGUAAAACAAAAUGGCGUCAUUUAAAAAUCUAACGGAAGUGACUUCUCCGGUCCUUCUAUUGGCCCUCUCUUUUGAACCAAUCAAAAUGAUUGAAUUCAGUACUGACCCUGUUUUCUCGUAUUGUCUCUGUUUAUCUCAUAUUGGCUCAGUUAUGUUUUUUAUUACAUACUCGUUUCUUUUCCUCGUUAAGUUACACUGGUACCGGAAACGGCAAUAUUUUUUCCAUACACUGACGCCUGAAUUUCAUAUCAGGUGCGUGAUGUAAUUCAGUGUGUGUUGUUGCACUAUUUUUUUCUGUUUGGUUCAGUAUUGUCAAUCCUGUUCAGGUUAUUAAACAUAUUUUUAAUAAUUACAUAAUAUUUAUACGUGUAGAUGCGUAUGUAAUUAAAAGGUUAUUAUCUUUGCAUCGGGAAAUAUGCAUUCGUUCUUCAGCGGAAGAAUAUUUCCGCUGAAGAACUCGACGUGCUAAUAACCUAUAGGUAUUAGCUUUAUCUGUUUCAUAUGAUGUUCGCAAUUGGUGUAAUACAGUGUCUUAUAUUGUAAAGUUGAAUAAUAAUAUCUUGAAAAAUC